AUUAGAUAUUAGAUCUCGAUGCUAUUUAGAUAAAAGGAAAAAGUUCCUGAUUAAGGAAAAGAUAACUUUCGUGAUUUCAUGAGAAGAGAAGGAGAUUCAUGUUAGCAAACUUAAAUGAAACUCUCUACAUUUAUUCAUAAAACUAUUCCAAAUGAAUAAACAUAGUCUUAAUUAAGGUAAAUCCAAAAAUAAUUCUUUAGUCCAGUUCCUUCAGUUUUAGAUGGUUCAUUGAAAAUGAUUGGUAAUUCAUGGGAUGCAAAACAUUUAGGAACUUUUCUUUAAAAAAGUUAAUUUGCUACUAUUGGUGGGAAUUCUCUCAAAAAUACUGAGUAAUUCUAAAACAGCAUGAAAAACUAAAGUUUUUUUUUUAGAAGCUAAUAACCUAGAAUAAUAGAUGAUCAUGUUGAUUAUUUACAUUAACAUACAAUUAAUCAUUUAAUAAGUGACCAUCCUACUAUUAAAAGUGGAAGUUAAUUUUUACAAAAGAAACUUUUAUCUGUACCUGAUAAAGUAUUUGAUGAAUCGAAACUUAAUUUUUUGACAGAAUCGGGAUUGAAAAAACCAAAAGAAUAAUUUUAAGAAAUGUAGUUAACCAAAGAAAAUCAAUUGAAAUAUAAAUAAUGGAGAUCAGAAUUUCAAGAUGUAAAUCGAGCUUACAAAAAAGCUAAACAAUGUUUUAAAAGUGGAUUGUAUGGUUUAGAUAACCCAUUAAAUGAAAAUACAGAGUUGUAUAAAGAAGAAAAUGCCAAAUUCAAAGGAUAAGAAUAAUAAAGCAUUAGAAACUCAUUACAGAGAUUUAAAUGUAAUAAUAUAUACUCAAUUUAAAUAGCUCUUGAAAGAUUUAAUGCUAGUAAUCCUGCUAUUGAAUUUAAUAAUAUAAUUCAUUAACCAUUACUUUCUAAAUAAUCAGAUCCUUUAUUAUCCAAAAAUUGUUUCCCAUAACAAAAUUUUGAGUUGCAUGAUUAAUGGAUGAAAAGAAAAUUAAUUGAAUAAAAGAUUGAUACUAAAAAUAGAAUAUUUGGAGAAACUUCUUAAAAUUAAGCUAACUCAUAAAGAGCUUUGUUUUUAAGAGAAUAAGAUGUUAGAGGAAGAAAUUACAAUCCUGUCAACCUCACAAAAAGUUUAAUUGGUUGAUUAUAUCUUACAAUUAACUAUAAUUCAU